AUGUGCGACGGCAUGGGCACGAACGGGCGGGGCAGGGCGUUCCUGGAGGUCUGCUGGCAGAAUCUGCGGGACGCGGGCCUCCCGGACCGCAAGGCCUGGAUCCGCGCGGCGGCGAGGCGGCGGCCGUGGAUGGACCUGGCGCGCGUGGGGAUCUACGGCGGGUCCGCAGGUGGGCAGAACGCGGUCUGGGCCCUGUUGGACCACGACGACCUGUACCGCGUCGCCGUCGCAGACUGCGGGUGCUACGACAACCGCGUGGACAAGCUGUGGUGGAACGAGCAGUGGCUGGGGUACCCGGUGAGCGAGUGCUACGGCAGGAACUCGUGUGCCGGCUUCGUUGGCCAGUUGAGCCCGAGAUGUCGUUUGAUGCUGGUGGUGGGCGAG